AUGCAGAGUUGCUCCCGAAUUUUCUUGGUGUUACUAUUUUCCAAUUUAUAUGUGAAAGUGUGCGCAUCUGAGUUAAAUAUUUUAAUAAAAAACUACACCGCAGGAAUCGGCGCUGGAACCUGCAUUUAUUACAACUACGCCGUUGAGGCCCAUAAUGAGUCAAGCGAAACUUGGCAACAAUGUAGCGCACAAAUUGUACUUAACAAACAACCGAGCAUACCAUUUUUUGAGUACUUCCAUUCAAAUAUUUUGAAUGUGGUUUUCCUCAACUCAGCACCAGUAGAAACGCAAUUGGAGAACUUCAAAUAUGCAACACAACGCUGGCACAGCCGUGAUGUACUCUUCGUGGUGGCGAAAAAUGGCAACAGUGCUUUGUCAGUAUACACAACAGCGUAUGCGCUCUUCAAUUGGUGCUGGCAUAAUGGCUAUUCUAAUGUACUACUAACCGAUGCAAGCGGUAAUGAACUACUUACAUAUCAACCAUUUCCGGCUGUGCGCUUAAGCAAUAUCACACUGUACGCGUACUUGAACAAACGCAAUGCGUGGUGGCGUAACUUUUAUGGGUACCCACUGCGUGCUGUCUCAGGCACACAGCCGCCGCGUGCCAUUAUCCACACCGAUGAGCACGGCGUGCAGCAAAUUUCCGGCUUAAAACCGCUGAUAAUAAAACUCUUUGCGGAGCGUUACAAUGCAACGCUGAAUUUCACCGUUGACCCAAAUCCCGAUUAUGACUGCAUACAGUGUAUACCGGAAGUGCUCGAUGGCUUGUAUGACAUUUGUGCAGAUAGUGGCUUCUACAGAGCCUACAAUAAGCCGCUCAGCAAGCCGUUGCAUUUGGAUGUUGCCUAUUUUGCUGUGCGCUUUCCGCAGCCUUUAGCGAAAUUCCGUUACUUUUUAGCGCCCUUCCAAGCGGCCACUUGGUGGCUCUUCAUCAUCACCAUCGCUUACAUCACUCUACUGUUGGCCGUGAGUAAUUGGUAUGUGCGAGGCCAUUGGGAGGUGGGCCAAUACUUGCUGGAUGUGAUUAGCAGUUUCAUAAAUGCGAGCGUACAUGCUAAUCUCAUUAAUGAGCGAUACGGCGUUUGUGUAUUCGCAUUGCUCACUGUUGCUGGUUUUAUAAUAUCCAAUUAUUAUUUGGCCUUCCUCUCGAGCUUGCUCAGCACAAAUCUCUACGAGUAUCCCAUUGAGAAUGUGGAGGAUAUUAUUGCGGCGAAUAUUACAGUACUCACCGUGCCAUCGUACGACCUCGUAUUACACAAUUACUCAGCAUUUAAGGCGUUGCGCAUAAAAUACAUCGAAGCUGGUGCACUAAAGGUUUAUCGUGAUCGUUUGGAUCCCGAUUUUGCUUACAUCAAUAUGUUGGAUAUUUGGCAGUUCUUACUCUCGCAACAACGGUUUUUGCUGCGGCCCCGCUUGAAGUUGUUGAAGAAACCGUUACUUUCGUACGUGAGUGGCAUGCCGCUGCCACGCUAUUGGCCCUUCGAACAGCUAUUCAAUCGGCAUGUGCAGCAGCUGUUCGAAUUCGGGUUUCAUCAGUAUUUCAUGCGAUGCACAACAGAGUUCGCAAUUAAGACGGGCUAUUUGCGAUUUUUUCAAACGGAAUAUAAUAGAGUGGUGCCGCUGAAUCUGUACGAUUUUGAAAUGCCGGCAUUGUUGCUGGUUGUUGGAUAUUUGCUGGCAUUAAUGGUGUUUUUGAUGGAGCUGGUGUGGUGUAGAUUGCAGGGGUGGAGAGUAUAG